UGCUGUGGUCCGGUGCUUGGACUGUGUUCCACCAGGAACUCCCUUUCUUUGUCCGGCAUGUGACCCAAUUAUCCAUGGCAAAAAUGUCUUCCAUGACAGGGAAGCCAUGAUUGAUGGGUUUUACAGACCUAUUCCUCCCACAUCCUUAGUGGUUGUGGAUGAAAGUGGCCAAUAUGGACUCUGUGAACAAGUGUGUCUGCUUCCAAUUCCUCCACCAUCCCAAAUCUGCUUCUGUGGUCCAAGCCAAGAUUUCACCAUCAUCCCAGGAAAGCAGACCGUGUUGGUGACUAUCAAUGGUUUGUUGCCACCAGAAGACGAUGUGGUCAAGCAAAAAUACAGGAUUACUAUUAUACUUUUGUCCUGCGUUGCAUAGAUACCUGUCAAAUUGCACAUUUAUAUUUUUUCUCAGGUCCAUACAACGUUUGCCUGCCUUCUGUGUGCUGUCCAACUUGUUCCACCAAAUGGUCCCCGAGCAUAGGUGACUUGCUUGGAUACAAAUACUGGCCAGCAACCGACAGCUGCAAAAUUAUUUUUAAGUUUGAUGUGUUCACAUCAUUCGAGCAAAUGAAAUUGGCCAGCCCAGCAUUAUCCCAGCAAGUAUUUAUAAAAAUGCUUGAACAUCGAUCGUUUUCCACAGGAAGGGUAAGAAUAAAAUGUGGUUUUCAAGAUUUUUGAAUACCAAACUUUGAAUUAACAAAAUGAAUACCAUUCUUGUUUCCAGACAGGCAGAAUCUGUAGCGAUACCUUCCACAGAGUCUUUCGGGAGUUUGCCUUCUGUAAUUACAGACAAGAAGAUCUGUGCCUGGUGGAGCCCUUUAAAUGCCCAGCAUGCACACCUGACAUGCUGGCUAUUGCUGUAGAUGGCAAGAGAAAGCAUUAUCGCUUCAAGAAGUCCAGAGGAUGAACCGUCUCUAUUUGAUGGACUGUUCAUUGCCCAGGACAGUAAAGUGUCUGCCUUUGUCGACAAAAUCAGGAGCCAGAUGACGAUUAAAAGUGGUCGUGAUGUUUGUGGACCGGCAACAUUCACAGCUUGCAGAGAAACCUCACACAAGUCCAGGGCCAAGGUGGACGAGGAAGGCCUGCAAAUAGCUGUGUGCAGACAUGGCAUCUUGCUACAAGGCCUAAAUCACUACCGUGGUGAAAUAUAUGCCUACCCAAUGUUCCUGCAGAAGGAGCUGGCUGAAGUUGCGAAUGCAACAUUCUUUUGUAUGGAUGUUGCCUGCAGGUACUGGCCUUAUUUGGAGAAGAUGGCAGCAAAGUUGCCAGAGCUCCAACCACUUACAGAGAUUAAACCUUUUCUCUCUGUAAUGCACGCCAAGGCCCACACAGGCAAAUGCGAGGUGAAGUGGGCAGAAGCCAGGAAGGUGCUGGAAAUACUGUUGACGAGGAAGUGGAACAGGUUAACAGCUUCCUCUCAAGGGCAGCUCUGACAACAAAAUACAUGACCAAAUCAGCUAGAGCAGAUAUGAUAACCGUGCUGGCUAUGCAAUGGAACCACAGGAAGGUGGAGAAUCUCCACAAGACACUCUCAAAGAGAUUUGUCAAAACUACACAGAGAGCACAAACUGAAGUGGACAAUCUUGAGAGUCUCAAGCAAGAGCUGAACAUCUCCCUGGAGGACACGGAGCAGUGGGUGUUGGAGGUCAAGCAAUGGGCAGCCACUGAGAAACAUGGAGGCCAGAGCAGCCAGGAGGAGCUCCAGAGAGAAAUAGAUGACAUUAUUUAUUCCCUCCGAAGAAAGAAACACGACCUCUAUCGACAAAAUGACAGCAACCAAACAAGGCAACGCAAACGGAGAAGACUGACAGAGCUCAAGAAGAAACUCAGAGAGAGGAUACUGCAGUACAACACCAUUGAUACCUGUACAGAGACAAUUGACACAGAAGCAGCAUGCAGUCUGUCUGAGGAUGUCAUUCUGCCCUGGGAGAUGUGGUGAACCUACGCACAAAGAGGCGACUUUUUGACCAGGUUAUGCUGGUCAGGCGUAUGGAAGAGGAGAAAGUCAUCAUUGUGAAGGAGAUGACCCACUAUUGUCAAAAUCUGAGGCAGGCACUGGACAAACUGGACCACCUCCUUCAUCAGACAAAAGACGACAUCAGGAACCAAAACUGUCAUUUUGUCUUUUUAUUUUAGUUUCUCCAAGCGAUAUAACAGAAGAGGGAUACAGGGGACUGCACUGCUGUCUUUUACACCAUCAAUAUCUUCUGGAGCAGAAACUGAGCAGAGUCACCAGCACCUACAGCUGUAUUGGCACGGACUCGUCUUUUCUCAUGAUGGAGGAAGACAUUGAAGACGUUGAUGAGGACAACGAACAGGACGGUGAUGAGGACAACGAACAGGACGGUGAUGAGGACAACGAACACGACGGUGAUGAGGACAACAAACAGGAAGGUGAUGAGGACAACGAACAGGACGGUGAUGAGGAUAACGAACACGACGGUGAUGAGGAUAACAAACAGGAAGGUGAUGAGGACAACAAACAGGACAACGAACAGGACUUAACAAGUCUAUUGUAUUGUGUUGUAUGCAUGUGAACGUAUUAAAACGAGUAUUACGAUUUAA